AUGUUCGAGACGACCAAUGAGCAAUGACGCCAAGGUGAUUUGUGGAUCGGUCGAAGAGGGUCGGUGACGGUGAAGCUUACAGAACAUGCACCUAAUCUGUUGAAAUGUUGAUGACUUGGUAUUUCUGUGAAUCGUUUCCGAUGAUUCUUUUAUGCAUGCCACCUCUCUUCAACAUGUUGCCCAAUUUGCUACAGACUGCCCUCACAUCGACUCUGAGGGACACCCUCUUCACGGUGGCAGCGUUGAGCUUGACUACCCAUUACAUCUACAACCGGUGGGAGCCUGCGAACGUCACGUUCCAGUUUUUCUUGCUCGCAGUCGUUCCUUUCGUGUUAUCGAUCUUUGUCGCCACACAUGUAUCUGUUUUUGCAGCGGUUCCCUUGACGUUCCUCACGUAUUACGCCACGCUCUGCACUUCUGUCGGGCUUUACCGUCUCUCACCGCUCCACCCUCUCGCUCGGUACCCUGGUCCUAUUCCAAACAAAAUCAGUCAGUUUUGGAUGAUCAACGUUGCUAUGAAGGGAAAAAGACAUGUCUAUAUCCAACGACUUCACGAGAAAUAUGGUGACAUUGUUCGGAUCGGCCCUAAUGAGGUGUCUAUCCGUGACGCCUCCGCCAUUAACCCUUUGAUGGGCACAACCGGUUGGCCCAAGGGACCCAAUUUGUUCGGGGUGCGCUGGAUGGGGCCGGAACCCAUGGAUGCCAUGAUCAUGGUUCGUAACCCAGUGGAACAUCACCGCCGACGCAGACCCUGGAACAGAGCUUUCAGCACCGCUGCGUUGAAGGAGUAUGAACCGUUGGUCGCGAAGCGCGUGAAUCAACUCGUCGGAAAGAUAGCUUCCGACAAGGGUGUGGUCGAUAUUGCCAAGUUUAUUGGCUAUUUCACUUAUGAUUUCAUGGGUGAUAUGGCUUUCGGUGGCUGGUAUGAAAUGUUGCGUGAUGGGGACGCAGAUGGUCGAUGGAAAGCCAUGGAGGACAGCUUGCGCGCAACACUCUUCUUUGAACAUAUCCCGUGGGUUACUUACUGGGUGCAAAAACUAGGCAUCGCCUCUGGGGCGGUCAAGAAACAGCGUGCUUUUAGCCUCGCACGUGCAGAUGAGCGGUACCAACAAGGAUCCAAGACCAAGGAUCUCUUCUACUACCUCAACAACGAUGACGGUGCUGAGCCCGAACCACCCGCGAAGGAGCAGGUCGUUUCAGACGGUAAUCUUGCCAUCAUAGCUGGUUCCGAUACUACUGCUAGUGUCUUGUCCAACAUCGUCUAUUACCUUCUCCUCGAACCGACAACAUAUAAGAGAUUGCAACAAGAAGUCGAUCUCUACUACCCGCCUGGCGAGGAUGCUACUAACACUAAGAAUCAUACCAAGAUGGUGUUCCUCGAGGCGGUGAUUAAUGAGGCUUUGCGAUUGCUUCCUGCUGUUCCAAGUGGUAGUCAGCGAGCGGCCUCCCCUGGCUCAGGCGGCAAAGCUAUUGGACCUUACUAUCUUCCCGAAGGUACUCACGCACGAGUUCAUUUCUAUUCCGUCCAACGCGACCCUCGAAACUUCUCUCCCCAUCCCGAAUCAUUCUGGCCUGAUCGAUGGAUCGUUGCCGAAGGUGAUAUGCCCGCUCCCAAGGACUUCAAACAUAAUCCAACUGCAUUCACCCCUUUCUCAUUCGGACCUUACAACUGUGUCGGCAAGAAUCUGGCCUUACAAGAAAUGCGUACGGUCCUGUGUAGCUUUUUGCAGAACUUGGAUUUGCGUUUCGCAGAUGGGUAUGAUCCGGAGGAUUGGAUUCGGGAUAUCGAGGAUAUGUUUGUUGUGAAGAAGGGACGGUUGCCUGUUAUUGCUACCAGGCGUACUCACAAUGUGUGAUUAUCUACUAUCACUACCAAUCUUUUGUGGACUGUCAUCAGUGAUACCUGUCUUUAGAAACAAUGUCAUUAGUUGUCCUAUUUU